AUGCCCUUGUCGAGCAUUCCCAUCCCCGUGCUUCUUCUCUGGGCCAUCUGGCUGCGUCAAAGUCAAGGCCAGGCUCAGUCGCUUCAGUUUUCCAAUGUUCCCGAGUCAAUCAACGAAGGUGUAGAAAUCUUCAUAUCUUGGACCGGCGGAGAUGGAAUGACGCCUAUCGCCGUGGAUUUGGUCCAAGAUGGGAGGAUCAUUGAUGAUGUCUUUAACGACGAUUCCGAUGAUGACGAGGGCAUUGUUCAACAGUUUGAGUGGGAUGUCGACAUUGGUGACAAUGCUGGGGGAUAUUACAGCUUGCGCCUGAUUCAAGGUACUCAGACCGUCGACUCGGCCCCGAUAAAUAUCAUCGACGAGUCGGGACGAAGUGCUACGGCCCCUCUUCCUAGUGCGACGACUUCGCAAGGUGGUUCUGGUUCGACUGCGCCGCCAUAUAUUACCACAUCUGCUGGCGGUACAACUGAUACUGGAAACCCUGUAUCAGCUUACGAUACAUCGACCACCACGGCGGGCACUACAGGCACGACAAGGUCCGCUGGCGGUUCUGGCGCCGCUGCUACUACGGCAACGUCUCAGCCGGGCAACUUGACGGAUCCUUCUUUGCUCGGCAGCGGUGGCGGUAGUAGCGGCUCUGGUCUAAGUGGUAGCGCGAUCGCUGGACUCGUCAUCGGCGUUCUCGCAGCGCUGGGUCUAGCAGGCCUGGCGAUCUGGUUCCUGCGACGACGCAAGCGGACACAUACUCGUACGCGUCAAGAAUCGAAUUACUUGGUCCCGUCCAACCACGAAAAGGGCCUUGGAGGUGGCCAGGAUGCGACUUAUGUAACGCCAGCCACGGUCGCUGGUACUGGAACUGGAGCUCCAGUAGGGACAAACACGGCGACGACGUUACCAAGUAAAAUUUACGAGAGGGCCGAACUGGACGGCCAGCCCAAGCCGGUGCACGAAUUGCCGACAGUGGAGGAAGGAGAUGCGCCCAGAUACAGCGAGCUUGACAGUCCCGAGACUAAAGCAGCAGGUUGGAGCUCUAACUCCAAAUCUGAUUAA